ACCAGUACCACUACCAUUCUUUGAAAACAGCCACCGCCUCAAGAGUCUUAAGGGAAUGGCUAAUCCCCAAGUUUUCUGCGUCGCAACUGCUGACACUAAGCUCGAUGAGCUGAGGUUUCUCUCCGAGACAGUCCGGUCAUCCCUCACCGCCUUCUCCAACAACUCUUGCACCAACGUUGAAGUUGUGGUAGUUGAUGUUUCUGCCGGACAGAGAGUAACGGAGAGUUUCGCAGAUUUUGCUUUUGUUACCAGAAAUGAAGUUCUCUCAUGCUACUCAGGAUCCCUGGAGCAAACUCCAACUCUGCUUCCAAAUGAUCGAGGUGAAGCAGUUGUGAUUAUGAGCAAAGCACUAGAGAAUUUUCUUAAGAAAGCUCAGGAAGAGGAUCACGUUCUUGCUGGAGUAAUUGGCCUUGGAGGCACUGGAGGCACAUCUAUGCUAUCUUCUGCCUUUAGAUCUCUUCCACUUGGAAUGCCAAAGCUAAUAGUGUCUACCGUUGCCAGUGGUCAAACUCAACCUUAUAUUGGAACAUCAGAUUUGGUGUUAUUUCCAUCUAUUGUGGAUAUAUGUGGGAUUAACAGUUUGAGCAGGGUUGUGCUGUCAAAUGCCGGAGCUGCUUUUGCUGGAAUGGUCAUUGGAAGGCUUGCAAGGUUCCAGGGAUCAUCUGGUACUGGUAACAAAAAAUGUACAGUUGGUUUAACCAUGUUUGGGGUUACAACUCCAUGCGUAAAUGCUGUCAAAGAAAGAUUGGAAAAAGAAGGUUAUGAAACCCUUGUUUUCCAUGCUACUGGUGUGGGGGGAAAGGCCAUGGAGUCAUUUGUUAGGGAGGGAUAUAUACAGGGGGUUUUGGACAUCACAACAUCAGAGGUUGCAGAUUAUGUGGUUGGAGGUGUGAUGGCUUGUGACAGUUCCCGUUUUGAUGUUAUCAUAGAGAAGAAGAUACCUUUAGUCCUGAGUGUGGGAGCCUUGGAUGUAGUGUGCUUUGGACCUAAAGAUACCAUACCCUCUUAUUUUCUGCAGAGAAAAAUUCAUGUGCAUAAUGACCAGGUAUCAAUCAUGCGAACUACAGUAGAUGAGAACAAGAAAUUCGCCAGAUUCAUAGCAAAUAAACUGAAUCAGUCAUCAUCAAAGGUCUGUGUUUGCCUCCCACAGAGAGGUGUUUCAGCAUUGGAUGCACCGGGGAAGCCCUUUUAUGAUCCUGAGGCUACUGCUACUCUUUUGAAUGAAUUGGACAAGCUUAUUCAGAAAAAUGAUGAUCGACAGGUAAAGAGCUACCCUUACCAUAUCAAUGACCGUGAGUUCACGGAUGCCUUGGUAGACUCAUUUUUAGAGAUCAGCUUGAAGAAACAUACAGAAUCUAGCCUACCCCAAAGUGCUUCUUCUGAUUCCAGCCAAGACCUACAAAAAGAUUGUGCCUCCAAGACGAGAUCUGUGACACGUGACCAUUCUCCUUAGGCUUUAGCCCUGGGGACUUUCCUGAUGCAAGACCAGGUUCUAGUAAUCAAUAAAUAACAGUUGUUAUA